CGGUGGGAAGCUUGUAACUUGAACAAUUUUGCGUCAGUUAUUUCUUUUCGAAAUAUUUCCUUUAACUUUCUUGGAGAGGGUAAUUUUAUCCAGGAUUUUUCGCGUAGGUUGUGUUGGUGAUAAUAAGUAGUGCGUAAAUAGUAAAUAGGACUGAUACGGAAAAUUUUGUUGCAAGUUGUCAUGGCGGCCUUUCUAUCGACCAAUGGCAUUGCUCGAUGUUGCGUUAGUUAAUUAUCGUUCUUUUUUGCUUUGGGUUCGCGUCGUUUAUCAUUUUUGUGCGUCCUAUGUGAAAAUGAACCAAUUAUACCUUAACGAUUGAGGAAUAUUUUGGAUUGUGGUCGAUUUUUAGCUACAUUUUCGAGAGAUUCCUACAUUAAACGGCUAAAAUGAAAAAUAUUUUAAUUGUCACGUGACGUAGCCCAUGCUAUGGCGAAAAGUAUGAGGGACGACCAUGAACGGUUUUAAAGUAAAGUUUUGACAUUCGUAUUUGUAUACAAGUUUGUUUUUGUAAUUUACCACGUGCAUUUACCCAUCUGAUUGACAGUUUGAAAACAAUGUCAGCAAGAGGCAUGAAGAAGCGGGGACGCCCCCCUAAAGUGCAAGUAGCUGAAAGAGCUAGGAAAUUUCAGUAUCACCUUCUAAAAAAACCAAAAUAUUUAUUAAAUUAUCAAAAAAAGGAGUCUGAUUCGCAAUAUAGCACUCCAUCAGCGUCGAGGGCGUCUUCCCCUCACGAUAGUGAAAGCCAUAGAAGGAGCAGCAAUCGAAUCAGAGGAAAAGAUGGACACAGAGCAAGUCGAAAAACUAAUUAUGUUGGCUCAGCUUACCAACGGAGGGGUUACAACCCUUCAUAUAGUGAUUACCAUGAUUCAGAAUAUCAUUAUGGUUCUGAUUUUGGGGAUGAAUCAAGCGAUAACAAAAGUGAGAUUGAAGACGAACUUGGUAUAAGUGAGAGUGAAUCAAUAGAUUCUGUGGGUGGUCAGAGUAGUGACAGUGAUUUUUCUCUAAGUAGUUUUAGUACUAUGAGUGGAACUCCUCGUAAACCAAAUGUUAAUGCCAACCGGGCUCCUACUCCUGAACCGUUAUGGUUGCAAAAUCGUGAAAUACCUUUUUUACAUUUACCAAAGUCUUCAGAUGAUUUAGUAGUUCCAAAAGAUCGAAUAAUGGAGGUCAUUAGCAUCUAUGAAGUUUUAAGGCACUUUAGGAAUCUGGUAAGAUUGUCUCCAUUCAGAUUAGAAGAUUUCUGUGCAGCUAUAAUGUGUGAAGAUCAGAGCAGCUUGCUGGCAGAGAUUCAUAUAAUGCUGCUUAAGGCAUUACUUAGGGAGGAAGAUUCGCAGCAAACACAUUUUGGACCUUUAGAUCAAAAAGAUAGUGUGAAUAUAACACUAUUCUUGAUUGAUUAUGUCACAUAUCCAGAAGUUUUAAGAUCAUAUGUUGAAAGUGACAAAAGUUUUGAUCAGAGAAUACUCAGCAUAUUGAAUACUACAGAUUACCCAUUCUCAUGUUUGGAAGAUAGAAUUAAAGUCCUGCAAUUCUUGACUGAUCAGUUUUUAAUUACUAAUCCUGUAAGAGAGGAUUUAUUGAGUGAAGUGCCCAUGCACUAUGAUGAUCAUUGCCGAGUCUGCCACAAGCUUGGAGAUCUUUUAUGUUGCGAGACAUGUCCAGCAGUUUACCAUUUGGAGUGUGUCGAUCCCCCCUUAGUGAAUGUUCCAGAUGAGGAUUGGCAAUGUGGUAUUUGUCGGUCUCACAAAGUGUCUGGGGUUGUAGACUGUGUACUCGACUCGGAGAAACAGGGGCAGUUGUCUAGGCAGGAGCCUUUAGGACAUGACAGACAUGGAAGAAAGUAUUUUUUCUUGUGCAGAAGAGUUUUCGUGGAAGCCAGUGAUGGAGAAGUAUGGUACUAUUCAACACCACUUCAGUUUAAAGAAAUGUUAAAGGUGUUUGAUGUUGAUGAUAUGGAAUCCCGUUUGGUAAGGGAACUUCAGGAAUAUAAAUGUGAAAUUAUAAGGCAAAUGGAAUUGACUGAAAAACUUACCAACCAGUAUAAAGGAAACAAGAAGGCAUAUUUGGAUGUUGAAAAUCUGGCAAUCUUAAAAGCAAAUAAAGAAAAAGAUGAAAAAUCAGAAGAGGAAAGUAAAGAAAAGGAAAGAAAAAUCGCGGAAGACAUGGUUGCGAAGAUGCACGAGGAAUCAUCUGAUAUUUUGGGCGCGGAUGCCAUGCAAAUUGAUAUUCCAUCUGUAGUGCAUAACGAAAUUGUUAGUACUACACUUGAAUCAGAAAACUGCGAGGAUAAUAUGAGAUUAGAAAAGAAUUGCACUGAUGAUGAAGACGAUAGAGGUAAUGAAAAUGUUACGACAAGGUCUAAAAUGGGUAGUGUGACAACCCGUACAUCCAAUGUAGACGAUUUUAAGAGAAAAGGUACUCCAAUUCUUGGUCGAGAAGAAUCAGAACGAGAAGAAUCGCGAAUAACUCGGCUGAGAUCAAGCCAGAUGGCAAAUGGCACUUAUCUAUUUAAAUUAGGAAUGGAAAAUACAUUUAAGUCAUAUGUCAACCAGUUUACAACUAACCUAAUUGCUUUAAAUAAACCGCAAAGGAAUGAGGAAAGAGAUAAAAAGAGGCAUCUCUCUCAUAAAUUUUCUUUGACUACUGCAUCAGAAUUCAAAUGGAUUGGUGGCAUGAAUGGGGCAAAGACUCUCCUUAUGAACACAUUAAGGCAUACUAUAUCACAUCUGGAACAGGCAAUUCCAUCAUCUUUCAUGCAUCCUAAUUGGCAUCUUGUCAGGAAGCACUGGCUGAAUAUUAUUGCUGGAUGUCAGAAGCCCAAAGAUUUUGCAAAAGCUCUAAUUGUGUUGCAGGCAUGUAUCAAGCCCGUGUGUUUCGCCAAUGUCUGGCAUGAUCAAUUGGGUCAUGUCAAGUUGGUUAGAAUGACUGCCCAGGAACGAGAAGAGCGCAAAAAAAUUGAGAAACGUGAAAAAAAGGAACGCGAAGAAGAAGAGGAAAGGAAUCGUCUUAUUGUCAGUGGUUAUGUAAAAUACACAAUGGGUUUUAAGCACCAAUUGUGGAAACAGAAAGGAGAAGAGUAUCGAAUCCAUGGAAGAUGGGGUUGGUUGUGGAUCAGGAUACCAAGAAAUUAUAGAAUUAUUGACUCAUCUCGAUUGGGUCUGGCUGCAGGCCCACACAGGUAUUUUAUACAAAUUAGAGAUAAAAACGGGCAGAGAAAAAUUGUUGCAUUAAGCCCCAAUAUGUACAAAUUUUUGAUGAACAGAAUAACAAAUGAGAAAUGUGAAGAGGAUAUUUCAAAUAAUGAACCUCAAGUUGAAAUCCCUGAAAUUUUAAGAAACAUAGAGGUGGUGCCAAUGUGCGCAGAGUUUCAACAUAUUGAUGUUUCAAAGGCGCUUAGUGCUCCAGGUCGGUUAUUAUAUCCAAAAGUGGCGAAGAAAGGUAUUUUAGAUGAACUUCUAUCCCGACGUGUUCAGUUAAAAGUAAUAGAAGAACGGAAAAUUGCACAAAGCAAGAGCGAAGAUGUCCAAAAGGAGGAGGAGAAUCCAGAUGCAGAAGUAGAAGAAGAUUCUACUCCAGAAGCCAUUGAUAAGCAACUCAAUAACAUGAUGAGCGGUAAAGUGACUCUUCCAUAUACCUCUACUUCAGCUACUCCUGUGGCAAACCGUGAUGUACUUAAUUCCAUAGCAAAAAGAAUUCAUGCAUUACGUACUCAGUACACAUCUAUAUCCAAGUUGGCUAAAGAUUUUCAAUGUUAUGGCAGAGGAUGUAACUCUGGUAAUAGCACCAAUUUGGAUAAUAACUGUUAUUCACCACUUUGCAUUCAAAGAGUAAAAAUUCGAAGGGAUUUACUGCAGCUGUUACGUAGGGCAAAUCUGGCAACAAAUAAUUCCAGUUCAGGAAAACUCAAUCUUAUUAAUCAGAUUAGUGGUACCCCUGCUAAGAAAGCUUCUUCAAUUUUGGAACAAAGUUUAAAAGCUCCUCACACUAAUAACAAACAAAAGGAAAUAGACAAACCAAGCCAAGCUAGCAUAUGUAAGGAUUUGGUUGAUGCUGUUAUGUCUGCAACAAGUGUGGAGGAAGAAACCAAGGGGGUGUACAUUCCCGCCAAGCAGCUUAUUUUAGAUGAGGUAAAAGAAGAAAAACUUGAAUCUAAACAUUGUCUAAUGGACUUAAAGCAAGAACCACCCACUGGGGAAAUAGAUGUUAUUGGUAGCUCCCCAAGCCCCAAAAAAAUUAAAUUAACAAAGAGUGAAAGUGAUGAAGUAGAUGUAAAAGACAUGACCCCAGAUGCAAUCAAAGAGAUGAUCAUUGGUUCAAAUAAAUCAGACGUAACUCAAGUGAUUACUACCACUACUACGACCAUAACAACUAGUAAAACUUUAGUGGAUGGUGUGAUAAAGUCUGAAGCUGCCUCUCAAAAUACCACGCAAGUGGUUAGUGUGACCUCGGCUUCUUCGGCAAAUGGUACUGGACGUACCAUACAAACACUAAAUGCAAAAAAUGUAACUUAUAGCGCACAACAAAACAGACGAUUCUGUGCUUACAAAAUUGGAGUGAAGAGAGAAGAGAAAAUCGUGAAGACUGAACAUGCAGAAGAUGGCAGCGAAAGAAUAUACUCAGUGACAUCAACUGAAGGAAAAAUGUUCUUAAAAAAAGUCUUAAAUCAGGCAGAUUUGAAACGCAGAAAGCGUCAAAUCAUUAAGUAUCCCGCUUGUUCCACCUUUCAAUCAAGAAGGGGAGUAAAUUCCCUUUUUGUUCUUGCUAACCAUGAUGUCAGAAAAUUAGCAAGAAAUGGAGGUCGUAUGCAAGUUCCUGGAUACAACAUGCUCGCCAAACAAAAUAAUUCUGUUUGGCCAUACCCAUGUGCCAGGCCUCUGUUUAAAACAUGUUGGAUAUACCGUACCGUAAAUUUGAAAACUUUAGCGGCUGCUGCUUUGCAGUUAAAGACUCUGUGGGCAUGUCUAAGGUGGGAUGAUAUGCAGACAAAACCACCAAAUGCUGAAGGAAAACACCAGAUAACAACCGAAACGGAAAUACUCUCAUUGGAGCUCUUGAAACACCGGCACAUUGGACAGUUUAUGGAGAAAACACAGUAUCUAAGAAGAAAGGUUGUUAUUCCUUUAGAGCUGCCAAAAACUGUGAGGGAAGUUACAUCUAUCAGAAGUGGUUUACGAAAGCGAAAGAGGCCUGAGUCACCACAAUCAAUGGAUCCACAAGUAUCUGAAGAAUGGGUGGACGAGGAGAAACUUGAAUUGUGGGAGAUCAAGCAGUAUGGAGAAAAGAUCGAAAAGGCUAACCAACAAGUUAUAACUAGGAGCCGCACUGGAAAUCUACCUCCUGCAAGACCGGUGGUUGCCUCUGAAACUGUAGAGCUAUCCAAGGUAGCAGUGACAGGCAAGGCUACUCCUGAAGAGAUUAAAGAAAAAAUGGAACAACAAUUGAGACUCCAAAGGGCAGCCCAUCAACAGAAGCGGUCUUUGGAGGUGAAAAAUUUAAACGUCAAACCUGGUACCGUUUUAGAAAUGGUUGGGGCGACAACUGGUGCCACCACAGCUAGCGUAUCUACAAAACCGACUACAACUAAUCCAUCUUUGAAACCAAUACAACCCAAAGUUACAACAGGUGAUGGUCCAAUAAAGCUAGUCAAGAAUGUUGUUGUGCCCAAUCAACAUGUGAUUAGUGGUAAAAAUACUCUAACCUCGUUGCUGACGAACAGUAGUAAAUUAUCUGGGCGUAGAAUACUCAUGACCAAAGGUCCGGAUGGAACGACCCGUCUAAUAGCAGGUGGAUCCGCGAAUUUGGUACCCAAAACUGUUCCCGGAGUUCAACAACAAAGUUUGAUAAAGAUUCAAACCACCAACGGUGCACAAGUGCAAGCAGUACAAAUUCAGCCUGUCACACCUUCCCUCAGUUCUUCAACUACUGCCACAAAAGAGACACCGCAACGAGUUCAGGUUAUGCGAACUUCAGAUGGUCGCAUCACCGUUAAAGGCCUUCUGCCAGGACAGCAACUUGUUCAAUUUCCUGAUGGUAAACUACAGGUUCUUACCACUGCGCAACUGCAGUCAGCUGCAAACAUUCAACAGAGUAAAAUUUCUUCUUCAACCCCUUGCACGGUGACUAAAACCGUCGUUAAACCGUCAGUGACAACAACUGCUCAAACAGGUAGCAAAGUGGUACUACAAAGUGCUCAAGUCAAGCUGCAGCCACAACAACAAACCAUUGUCACUCAACAAGUCUUGCAGCCGAGUCCAAUAAAACAGGCCAUUGUCAAGCAACAAAAUACUCCAGUGGUGCAGAAAGUUGGUCACACUGGUGUUGUAGUCAGCAGUGGUCAGAUUAUACAACAGCAGGUAGUGCUUGGUGGCAACCAGGUGAUUGCUACCCAAGGUGGACAACAGAUAAUUACAAACCAGAUUGUGGUAAACAACCAAAAUUUGGCUCAGCAAAUUGCCACGGGUAAGGUACAAGUGGCGACAAUUAAUGGACAACAAGUUCUAAUAAGACCAACUGGCAAUAAUCAAGCCCAGGUAGUUGCCCAAUUAGCGCCGGGAAGCGUCACGCAAACUUUGCAGAUGAGCUCUCCGGUGGUAGCUGCUCAAUCACCUGGACCUCUAAAAAGCAUAACUUCUUCAAUAAAUGCUCAACUGAUAACACCAACACAGACCUCGCAGAAUGUACAGAGUCUGCAUCAACAAGUCGUUCAAAGUCCCGUUAAGCAGAGCAGUGACAAUCAGAUUGAUAAAGCAACAAUGGAUCAUUUGUUAGCCGGUCAACCUGCGGGCACUGUUAUCAAGUGCGUUACGGCGCAAGUAAUUCAGACCCAACAAGGUCCGAGAAUUGUGUUGCAAGGCUUGCAGGGUGCAGAUUUUACGCCUCAACAAUUAGCUGCUGUACAACAGCAAGUUAAGCAGCAGCUUCUUAAAGCACAAGCAUCAACCGGUAAGCAAGGCGUGCUUGGGCCUACCAAAAUUUAUCUGGCCGUCCAGCCCAGUAGUGUUGAGUCCUCUGAGCAGCCUUCUUCUUCCAACCCGCCACCGCUAACCCCAGUAAAACAAAAUACCGUCACCAAGCAUAUAUUGCAGACCACAUUGGCAUCACCAAGUCCCAUUAAGCAGCAGCCUGCAGUCCCAGUUCAGACUUUUGACACUGCAGCGUCCACUGUCCGUCAGGCGGUCGCAAAUGGUCAACAAACUCAAACUUCUGCUUUGUUGCAAGCCAUGAAAACAAAUUUGGAGCAGAAUCAGCAACCUGCUCUGGUGAAUAAUAACUUAAAACCAUCUACAGUGGCUGCCACCCCAGAUCAGAACAAGCAGUUUGUUGUUACGCCUGACUACAUUCAGCAAACGAUCAAAACCGCACUUAAACAAGAGAAUCUUAAUCCUGAAAUAGAAGAGAAAUUGCUGCAGCUACAGCGCUACCAAGAGAAACAGAUGAAGCAGGAACCUGAUAACUGUCCAUCUCCCUUACCAAAAGUCAUUGCUUCACCUGUGGUAAGCGCAGCACGUUUAGUACCACCUACACGUAAGCGACCUCCGAGCAUAUCAAAAAGCGAUGACAGUGAGUGGGUGAUGGAGACACCUAAACGAACUAGGCCAAAUCGUACAAGUGAAUCGAAAAAGACCGAUAGUGAUGUACAGUCAGAAAAUAUAAGUAAAGAAAAAGUAGUUUCGCCCAGGGCAAAAAUGAAGUCGAAAGAAUUGCCGGAUCCUGAUAAAAAGGUAUCCAUGAAAGCAAAAGUGAUGGUCAGCCUUUAUAGGCAAAAGGAACUGCUAAAAAAGGAUAUUCUUCGCAAGAGGGCUUUAUUAGAAAAAGAAUUGCAGUAUGAGAUUCAGAAAGAAGUUGCCGAGGAACUUGCGGCCAGAACUAAAAUCGAAAGGAAUAAACAAGACGAGGUUCGAACUGGUAGUAGCAAACGAAAAUCUGCGGCCACUACUACCACAGCAGCUAUUCCCGUUGUGAAACAAACAAGCAUGUCUAAUCGCCACAAGAAAUCUCAAAAGUCUAAUUCCUCUCCUAAUCCUGGAGGUCAUCGGGGACUUAAAAAAGAAAAACUUUACUGUUUGUGUCGUACACCAUAUGAUGAAACAAAGUUCUAUGUCGGCUGUGAUCUUUGCAACAAUUGGUUCCACGGUGAUUGUGUCAACAUAACUGAGGAAAUGAGCAAGACAUUGACUGAGUUCGUUUGUGAGGAAUGCAAACAAGCAAGGGAGUCUCAGAAACUCUAUUGCCUCUGUCAACAGCCAUAUGACGAUUCUCAGUUCUAUAUUUGUUGUGACAGUUGUCAGGACUGGUUCCAUGGUAGGUGUGUCGGUAUACUACAGUCCGAGGCAGACAACAUUGACGAAUAUGUAUGUCCGCGAUGUCAGAGGAACAGCUCUGUCAAUUAUGCGAACAUGAAGGAUCUUGCUCAAAAGGACUAUGACAACCUUAGAAAAUUAAUUAAGCAAAUACAGGCCCACAAAAGCGCCUGGCCCUUUAUGGAACCUGUUGAUCCCACCGAGGCACCAGAUUAUUAUAAGGUUAUAAAAGAACCAAUGGACUUACAGAUGAUAGAAAACCGAAUAAACGAUAAAACAUACACGAAAUUGAGCGAAUUCAUUGGAGAUAUGACCAAAAUCUUUGACAAUUGUCGGUAUUACAAUCCAAAAGAGUCUCCAUUUUUUAAGUGUGCUGAAUCGUUAGAAGCGUAUUUUGUAAAUAAAAUCAAAUGUCUGCGGGACAAGUUGUUUGAAAACAAUAAAUAGAGUUUUCGCGGGUCGCUUUAAAGCUAUUUCUCUUGUUUAACUCACAGCACGUUUUACACAACUGAAACGUGAUAGUGAUAAAUGAAAUUAUUCCGAACAACGAGAUUCAAGUUUUUUAGUUACGAAGGCCUGUUAGUGCCAGUAAAAUAGAAGUAACAUAAACCCGGCUGUACCAAUUGAUUUUAUUUAAUUGAUUUUGCGGGUUCAUACGAUCUCAUCUCCCAAACGUUGCCCGCUGUUGAAUGGAGUGAGUAAUUGUACAUAAGUUUGUGAAUAUAAUGCCUUGUGAAUAUAUUAUUUUGAAAUAUGUAACUAUUUUGCCAGCACCACCACUGUUUAACUUGCAAUUUAUUGUAUUUGGUUGCAAACUGUCUGAGAUGUAUCGAUAAUUGUCUAUAAAUUCCUUCAUCGACUUAGAUUAUUAGUGCCAUUGUAGAUAAUUAUUAGGCAUUCAUUUUGUUUAAUUUAUCAGAGAUUUCCAUUUUAAGUUUGCACAUAUUUAAAAGAAAUUUUUAUAUUUAGUCGGUAGACUUUAAGAAUUGUUUUAUCGACCAAUAAAAAUCUUGUGAAAAAUGUUUUUUUUUUUU